GCUGUAAUGGUACAGGCCAUUAGCAAGACCAUCUCAACUGGAGGAGGGGGGCCCCUCAGCCUCAGCGAGGAGGCGACUUUGGAUCCAGAUAAACACAUUCGCAGAUGUCUCUCCAUGCGUUCUGACAGCCUGCCUCCGCGUCAGCCAUCUCACUAAUCAGAGAGCGAGAAAAAAGGACAGAGAGGGCAAGCAUCACCCCAUCAUGCCUGCUUCUUGCCUACCUCUCUUCUUCAUUAGUCUUUAGUCGUGAGAGGCGUGGAGAGAAAGAAAGCGUGGUGUAUGCCAGAAGAGGACAGCAGUGAAAAUACGCCGGCAGCUUCCAUCCUCGAGCAUCAGAUUAUUGAAUCCCGCUUUCCUCAACGCUGGACCCUGAACAUUCACAGCGGGAGAGAAAUAAGGACAUGAUUAGAAUGCAGUCUGCAGUUUGAAAGGAAACAAAGGAGGGAAGAAAAACAAGCUGGCAAAAGAGAAGAUGGUUGGAAUGAAUGAAACAGCCUGUGGAAGGAGUAGAGCUGUCUGAACAAGCCGCCCGCUCUGAGGACGUGACUAGACACGUGGUGUGCAUCCCAGCGGUUCCUGGGGACAGAUUCUCUCUCUCUCUCUCUCUCUCUCUCUCUCUCUCUCUCUCUCUCUCUCUCUCUCACACACACACACACACACACACACACACACACACACACACACACACACACACACACACACACACACACACACACACACAUCCCUCUGCUUUACCCCCUCCAUAAAGAUGUGUUAGGAUAAAGCUUUGGGAUUACCAAAAGUGUGCACAACAUCUGUGGGAGGAGAAACAAGCCAUUGAUCUGUCAUUAAGGGAUGUGACAGGCAUGACUUAUAAGGACUGGGGUGGAGGUUGUUCCAAUUCCGCAAAUGAUGCCAUAAUUUCAUCAACUACACUUCCAUCAGUAGAUAUUAGAGCUUCGGGUAAUACAUACGGUUCAGGAUCUACAGUGUCAUCUUCCUUAUCCAUGCAAGUAAUUUCCUCAUUCCACUGAGUGGGACUUCUCCUUGUCCUGAGCUUGCUCUGGGCUGGUUUUGAGCUCACGUCAGAAAGAAAACCACAUGGUAUUCUCUCCUGUAAAAGAUGACCUGAGCAAUGAUGGCCCGUUGCGAGAUCUCUAACAAGCGGCUUUUGCAGCUGCACGUCACACACACAUUUGUCCAUUGCUUAUAACAACGGAAACAACCCUGGAGAUGCCGAAGAGAAGAGACAUUCUUGCCAUCGUGUUAAUCGUGUUACCUUGGACUCUGCUCAUCACUGUUUGGCACCAGAGCGCCAUCGCGCCCCUGCUCGCCAUCCGAAAGGCUUGUCACCAUCUAGUUAAAGAGAUCUUUAUCAUACCCGAGCGGCUAAUGGUCCAACGGCAUCGCCUGUCAGAUGAUGGAACUGGUGAAGGCAGACGCGAUGCAGGAAGCCAAACAAGCGACUCAAAGGAGUUCUGCUCCUCUGAUAAGGACAUAGUGGAGGUUGUGCGCACCGAGUAUGUGUACACACGGCCGCCUCCAUGGUCCGACACCCUGCCCACCAUCCAUGUAAUCACACCAACUUACAGCCGGCCGGUGCAGAAAGCUGAGCUUACUCGGCUCGCCAACACCUUCCUGCACAUCCCCAACCUGCAUUGGAUCCUGGUGGAGGAUGCACAGAGGAGGACGCCGCUGGUCACGCGUCUGCUGAGGGAGACAGGCCUCAACUACACACAUCUAAACGUCGAGACUCCUCGGAACUACAAGCUACGAGGAGAUGCACGGGAUCCCAGAAUCCCACGGGGAACCAUGCAGAGGAACCUGGCUCUCCGGUGGUUACGGGAGACCUUCAGCCCCAACAGCACUCAAACAGGCAUCGUCUACUUCGGUGAUGAUGAUAACACCUACAGCUUGGAGCUCUUUGAAGAGAUGCGCUCUACGCGUAUGGUGUCCGUUUGGCCCGUAGCUUUUGUUGGAGGUUUGCGUUACGAAUCCCUGAAAGUCAACGCUGCUGGUAAAGUGUACGGAUUUAAAACAGUGUUCGAUCCUCACCGUCCUUUUGGUAUUGACAUGGCAGGAUUCGCCAUCAACUUGCGGCUCAUCCUGUUCAAACCACAAGCCUAUUUCAAACUGCGGGGGGUCAAGGCGGGCUACCAGGAGAGCAGCCUGCUCCGAGAACUCGUCACUCUCAACGAUCUGGAACCGAAAGCAGCUAAUUGCACUAAGAUUCUCGUGUGGCACACAAGGACAGAAAAACCUGUCUUGGUGAACGAAGGCAAGAAAGGCUUCUCAGAUCCAAAUAUGGAGAUCUGACAUCCUCUUCAACAAUGGCACUUUUUGGAUAAUUCAAGGCCCUACAGGAACAAAGAGCAGCAUCUCAGAACCUAAGCUUCAGACAUGCUUUCUUAUUGCUGCUCAGUACAGCGAAAUCAAUUGACUACCACAACUAUAUCUUUCAAAGCACAGAAUGGUACAACACGGCAAUAUCACGGUAUUUUGUAUGUAAAGCUGUUCAUGAUUGCAACAUAGACAGGAAGCGAAACAGCAGGACGUCUACACGUUUGUUCUCAAGACACACACACAGAAAAGUGAUGUGACAUCGCUGACUCAGGAGUGUAUUCAUGAAGAAAAAAAAAAAAGACACACUGGAUCGGUAUAGACCUGCUGAACAACGGAGGACGUAUCGGCUCGAUCUGCUUGAUCUUUAAAUACGUGAACAAACUCACAGACAGAACUCUUCUCAGAGAUAAAAACAUACAUAGAAGGGAAUGGGUUUUUCUUUUCUUUUUUUUUCUUUUAAA